CGUGGUGCAAGUCGUGUGUCUGUGGUCUGUGUAAUGCAAUAUUAUGCAAUAUUUUAAUGUUGUUGUAUGUGGGUGCCUGACCAGCAUUGUGUGAAAUACAGCUCUCAUGUUCUUGGAUGGCAAUGCGAGCUGUUCAGUGGGAACGAGAACUUGUUUCGCGGUGUUGACAAAUGCGCACAUGGAGGCAUGGUUCAUCGUGAGCAUCACCUAGAAAUGUAGAUCAUGGGCAAGGAACACCGAAUUUCAUAUCGCGAUCAAGAACUUAGUCAAGAGACCCACAGUAUUAUAGUCAGGAGACGUUCAAUAUAAAAAAGAAUGAACACUCUAAACGAACUGGCAGGUUUCUUAUCAGGCCAGCGGUCGUCUAGAGCAACGGACAGAAAGAAGUCUUGCGAACGACUGGCCGAUAUAUUACAGAGGGAUUACAUCAAAACUGCCCUGAAUUGCGCAUCCGCAUCCAAGUCUAAGAUAUCUUGGACCUCCGUGACCGAGUGUGCCCUCGGGUUUAUCCUGGACGAGCAUGAGCGAGCGUUGGCAAAGGCACAAGCUCAUGCUGUUCAGUUGUCACUUCAUGAUGUCGCUGCAAGCUUAAAUCUUUUGAAGGCACUAGUGCAGGCUUGUUCUACACAGAACUCAUUCUACUUAAAUCCAAGAGCAAUUCUGGAACACAUCUCAUCUAUGCUGUUAAAGAAGGCUUAUAGCCAUAGCCUGCUCAACAACUAUGUGUCCUUUUUGUUGGACAUUUUGCUCUCACCCUACUGGCAAACGACGCUUCCAGCAUCGUCGUACAAUAACCUGGUACAAGCCCUGUGUUCCUGUACUGGACAAGGUAGCAGAGAUAGCAGUUCCAUCGCUAUCAGUCGUUGUUUGGAAAUCCUAGUCAGUGUUGGUUUCCUCCACGCCGACAUCAGCUGUGAUGCCGUGAUAGAUACUGCUGCAAAUUUUCUGCUGAAUGCCAGGUCAGCAGGAGGAAAUGCAUUGGUUGGACCGAAUCUUGCAGUGCUAAUACAGCUAUGCUGGCGCCUUGGACCAACACAUCGCCAUCGUCUCUGUGGCCUCGGUGAGACCUUGCCCUGGUCUCUCUUCCACCUGCUCUCUUCAAACACCCUCCAGCUUAAGGAACAGUUUUUAGAUUUCCUACAAGUGCAGGUGACCCUGCACCACCCAUGUGGUGCUCGAACUGAAGCCGAGGGAGCCUAUUCUGCUGACUGGAAGGAGUGGCAUUCUGUGCUGGAGAAACUCUAUGUCCACUUUUUGAGUCAUCUAGAAGAAACAACCGGAACGUCACUCUUAUCUGCAACCGAGGAAGAGGUUCGGGUGCUUCACCGGAUAGUGGGACUGGCUGCUGAUAGCCUUUACCAGUUGGAAGGAAGGGAGGUGCUCUUCCCAUCUCCGUCACUUGCACUGCAGCCUGUGUCACAAAGGCAACGUUCCAAGGUCCCUGUGGAGCUGGCGUGUGCAGUUGAUGCCCUCUGUAGCUCAGGCACCACAGAUGCUGCUGCGUCUUGGUUGCAAAUACUCACAGCAUAUUUGCAGAAGUAUCCCAAAUCAGCCAACUCCAAGAUUCUGACCAGAUUGCUGGAUUAUCUGUCUCAGUCGUACUCCUCUUGUAAAAUAGUUCAUGUGAAGAAGUGGAUGCUGCAGUGCUGCUAUGCUGUGGCUAGUGCAUCAGAACACUGUUCAGGUCGGGAUUCUUCAGAUGGUCAUAGAACACGUUGGCUUCACAUUUGGGAGCAAACAGUGAAAUCCGUGUCUCUGAAUCAGUGCCUUGUAGAGGGUCACAUGCUCCUCCAAGAAAUCUUGCGUCAGCGGUUGGCAUGCCCAUGUGAUGACUUUAUCUCUUUGUUUUGUCCAGGAUACAACCACCGUCCUGAGCUUCCUGCAUUGAGAACUCUGGCUGCUUUUCUGUCGAGUACCUAUUGUCUUCCAUAUAACUGUCCCAAAAGGUUUCUUAAUGUGUCGAGAGACGUCACUGGCGUCCCUUUGAAGCACAGGUACCGCAUAUCCCUGCUUGAGUGGCUAUUACCAGCUUCGCCGGAAGAGGUUGACAUUCCCACAUUCACAGCCACUCAAAAAGCUUCACAAAAUUCGCAAAGGACCUGUUCCAGCAGUUCGCUACCUCUGCUACACCACACAGGAGAAAUUCUUGCUUCUCUAUGCCUUGGCCGGACGGCAGCCCUUACAUCCUGGAAGGAUGGAACGAUACAAGGUGAACCUGACCUAAGAAGUCAGCUGGAAAAGAACUUGCUCUGUAGGUCAUUGGUGUGCUCACCAUUGCCAUCUGUUGAUGACACCCUGAAACUGGAGGAGCAUGACUCCCCUUCAAAAGUCACAUUCCUUGAACCUAUAUGGGAAGCCGUAUUGGACACACUCAUGUGCUCGUGCCUUGCAUUAAAAGAGAAGAAUGAGACCGUCUCUUGCCUUGAAAGAUGCUACGUCAGCAUAGCCGUCCUACUUAACCUCUGGAAUUCGCAAGCUGUCGAUGAGGCCUUCGUGUCUACUUCUCCGCUCACUUGUCAGAUAAAGGACUGCAUCCUCAUGGCAGAGAAGGAGAUGUUAGAGUCCUUCAGUCAAGCCUCGCAGAGAAGUGACUCCCCUGAGGCUAAACUGCUCCAUGAUCUACUUACCCUACUUCAAGGCAUUCUUUCGUACGUUGAAAAAUUCUUCACCAUGAAGCACAAUGUGAUAAAUACGAGGGAUUUGGCAUCGUGGGUGGAAGGCCUGUUUUCGUCAGAGUUUCCUACAACACUAGUGAAUCUGUUGCAGAGAAAAGACAGCUCAAGUUUGACAGGCGCCGAGGAUCUCGACACAUCAGCAUCUUUGAUGAGGACAGAAGACCCUUAUGGAUUUGCAGAGGAAGUAUUUCAAGAUGACUUUGCACCCUUCUCCCAACGUACACAGCGGGCAGAAAACUGCGGGAGUUCCUCCGCAAGAAAAGAGCCUAAUGACCAGUUUGCGAGCAUUUCAGGCGCUAGCACUUGUUCGAGACGCAAAGAGUUACAAGGCAUCCUGUCUCCGGAACAUCUUUCCCAAAGUGAUUCCAUGAGCAUGUUGACUGUGCAACUGGCACUGUCAUACUUGCGUGUAGCCAGCAACACACACGAGAACUCCUUUCAAGAUGAGCUCCUCCACCUUAUUGAUUCUGCUGUUGCUACCAAGGACCCCCAACCUUACCCUGCACAAUUUGGAAUUCUUGUUCUGAGGGAAGUUUUGAAAGGAACAUUCAAGUUACAUGAUGAAUACUUGCAUAACAUCAUCGAAGCAUUGAGGGAACUAAUGAAAGCACACCAGAAACAUCACGAGCUGUCUGCAGCGCUUCUAGAGUUGGCUCAGAUGUGUCUUCCUCGAGUGAGUCGCUCCAGCCAAGGGUGUGACGCCAGGAAAAAGUUCAUUUUUAUCCUGGAGGGGUACAUAACGCUUGAAAGACAGCAGAAGUUAAACGAGCACGUCACAUACCAGUUAGCUAAGUUGCUUUUUGACUGCUGUAAGGAUCCCCACUCUGAAUGGGUUCAGAUUGCUGUUGACAACAAGAUGCAAAAAGUGUCUGAAUUUGCAACUUGCUUUUUGGGGAACCAGUAUUCUUCUGUACGAAGCCUUGCAGUUCAAGAAAUCGCCUGUUUCUUCUCUGACAAUAGUGCAGAGAAAGACAUGAAAGUGUUUGACACCGUUCUAGGCCAGUGUCUCCCAUACGUCACUAAUGCCAGCGAUGCCACAUUGAGCAUUGACACCCAGAGCAACAAUCACUUCAUGUUUCUGUCAGCAAUGGCUAACAUAGCACAUGUUAGACCAAACCUGACUGGGUUGUCAGUUUUUGCUCUGCUUGACCUGGUCCGACUGAAGAAACUUCCUGCAGAGCAGGUUGCGAAGAUGCUAAAAUUUAUAGCUGAGAGGCAGCAAGGGAGCUCAUGGUAUGCCUUCAUUUCAACCCAUCUGGAAUAUGUGAUGUAUGAAUGGCUGAACAAAGCCUACACACUGCUGUCCCUUCCCAUUGAAGCUAUGGGAUAUAGUACCAUUAAAGAAUUCCUGACGUACCAUUACAAGGUUGUGAUAUCUAAUGCUGUCCUACAGAACAGUUUGGAAACUGUAUCUUAUGUCAGCAGUAUUCUAGAUUCCUCUCAGAAAAGUCUGAUUGCAAAAUGCAUUCCAGUCAUUCUGAGUCGCACCUUGCCAUACAUCGCAUGUAACAGUUUCAUGCCAAGUGCAAUACAGAAGGCAGUUGUGGCUUAUGAAUUCCUAGGAUCUCUGUUGCUGGAAUUGCGUGGAGUUGAUGAAGCUAAGGAAAACCGACAACAAAAUAUGAUGAAGCCUUCGGUACAGCAGAUAAUAAACCAAUUCCUGAUGAGUUGUUUGGACAAAGUUGUGGCUGCAGUUCUGCUCCUAACUAGCAGUGACAAAUCACCUCAAAGCACACUGCAGAAGAAGGUCUACCCUCCUCGUUUCUCUGCUGAAGUCGUCAAGUUGACACUACAAUACAUGUUGAAAUCCUGUGGUGGUCAAGGAGACAAUUCUCUGAUAGUCUUCCUUUCAAGCAAGAGGGACUGUCUGCAAAGCAUAGUAGCCACAAUAUCUAGACGAACUGAAGAAUGUGCCGUACAGUUGGCACCCCUUGAACAACUGCUAGACAUUGUCAUCCCGGGAUUUGCAGCUGCAAGUCUGUGUGGAUCUGAACGUUUUGUUUUUCGUUCCAUCGCGCUCUUGCUGCUGCGUCGCCUGACAGCUCUUUUUGGCAACAUAAAGAGAGCAACAAUAAAUAAUGAUCAGUUUUACAUGGAUGAUGUUGCCUUGACAAUGGCACUCCUCAACAAGCUUUACCAAGCAGCUUCAGCAUGCAUUCCACAGGAGAUGGAACGGAAUUUGUCGGAUGUCAUAAACUUGGCUGUUCCCUUUGUUCAGACAAACAACAGCAGCAUUAUAGAUCAAGUGAAAUCUCUCAUAACAUUCUUCAUUGAAGAUUCAAGGUACAGAAAAGCUUUUCUACAUGUCCACCAUCUUCCUGACUGCAUUGAGCUUCAAGAGCAACAAGACCUGCUCAGGAGGGUCCAUUCCAAUGACAGAAGAAGCUUUACUGCUGUGAUUGCAUCUUUUGCUGAUUCCCUUGACAACAACUUUCUGGGAAACUUUAAGGAUACCUUGGAACUGACACAUAUCUAUUUGACCCGGAACGGAAGGAACCUCGUGCGCAUGGUCGGGCAAAUUCAAGAUAAAGUUCUGUUUUCCGAAGACAUAUCACAUAGCCCUCUGCACAACCUUGUAUCUGGGCUCUUUCGGCUGGCUAAGUCAGGUACCGCCGAGGUUCAAGAAUUGGCAAUGAAGUGCUUGGGCACACUGGGGCCACUCAACCUGAAUGCCCCAUCUCUAAAUGCUCGUUCAACCCUAUCGAUAAGGAACACAAGUUCUGCUCCGUGCUCUCCAAACCAUUUCUGCUUCCGUUUCCUGUUUACCAAGAUGCAGGACUAUGUGGUCCAUCCCAACCCGGCUGUAGCAGACACCGCGUGCCGAGUACUAAAGCACGCUCUUUCAACGAAAACCGGGUGGGAGUUUGCUUUGGAGAACAGCAAAGGACCCAUGAAAGACGUUUUUGAGUUCCUCUAUCCGUUUACUUCGGAAAGACCACCACCGUGUGUGAUCUCUGAGGAGGAUGUGGGCAGUGUCACAACACCAGACUUUUUGCCUUGCAAAUUUGACGAUCACAGGGAGUGGAUCACAGAGCUUGUCUGUACACUCAUUUCAUAUGCUAACUGUGAUUUGCUGCAAGCAGUUGUACCCCUCUGUCAUGUCCUUCCGGAGUUGUGUGAGCUCCUCCUGCCCUACGUAACCCAGAUAGCCCUGAAAGACGGACGCACAGCUGCCAUUGUAGCAGACUUUUUUCACCAGCACACUACGCAUCGAGCAUUGGACUUUAGCAGCCAGUGUACUCUUUCUUCUUCAAGUACUGUUUCAGGCACAAAGGACCUGACAUUGUCAUCAGUGUACACAUCUAAAGAAUCUGUUGCGGUCAUGCUCUCUGUUGUUGAGUACCUAACAGUUCACAAGAAGGAUGGUGCAAAAACAGUCUGGGAUGGAUUUCAUCUUGAUCUGAACUUCCUGAAUGUUGCAAUGGCUGCAGAGUUUUGUGGACGGCACUUUGCUGCCGUUCAGUUCAUGGAACUAUGGUGGGACCAGAAAGGCAGAGAAGAAAAGCACAGAAAAAGGGCACCUGAAGACCAGGAUUUAUUUGAAGAGGAUGUAGCUAUCGUGCAUUCGGAAGAAAAGGGAUGGUGUGCAACACCUUUUCUCUCAUGGGACAGCCCUGAAGCUGGACAGGUUCAGCAGCUCCUCCUUGCUGCAUAUGCUGGGAUUGGGGAUGAAGAUGGCCUGCAUGGUAGCCGGUGUUUGGCUCUUCCCUCUGAAGGCAUCUGGGAUAAAUGUGCUGAACAGCAGGGAGACUGGUGUUCUGUGCUUGCACAAGCUGACCUUCAGGCUGGAGCCAGUGACUGCAAAAUUCCCAUGGCACUGAGUCAGUGUGGUCUCUAUGGCACCCUACAUCGUGCCUUCCAACAUGAAAAUGACUCACCAGCGCUCAUGGAAACCCAGAGUGAAUGUGCAUGGCGGUUGGCGAAGUGGGAUCACCCUGUUGUAGCAAAAGGGGCGGAAAGUGUGAGCUUUCACCGAGGCAUCUUGCAGACGUUGUCUGCAACAGCUAAUGGGGAGGCAGAGGGUGUUGUUGAAGGCCUUCAGAUGUGCAGAAAGUCACUGAGUACGGAGCUUUCAAGUGUUGGAGUAAGUGUAACUCAUGGGCUGUACCCACUGCUAUCAAGGCUCCACAUGUAUUCUGUUCUUGAGACAGGAGUCAGUUUGUGCAAAGGAGCAACACAUCCGUCUGAGGUACUUGAGACUUGGCUGGACCGAGCUAGAGAACCUGUUUGCAGCUUUCAGCUGCACGAACCAGCAGUCUGGAUGCAGAUAGUAUUGCUGAAGCUACUUCCCUCUUCCCCAGUGGAGGAACUGAGUUCCCUGUUGGAGUGCUACACAUCACAAGCUCGCAAGAGCAACUUGUUCCUGUGGGCUGAGCGUGCACUGGAAUGUCUGGAUGCACUUUCUGUUGAGCAAAACAGGCGUUGGAAACUAGAAAAGUUCAAAGUGCAGUGUGCCAGAGGCAAUACAGCAAAGGCUCAGCAUAUGUUGUGGACAUUACUUCAGUCACUUAAAAAGGAGGCCACCUCGGAUACUGUUUAUGCGGAAGCUGUAAAGCUGUACGGAGAGCAUCUAUGGGAGAACUGUUUGGAAAGCCCAGACACUAUUGCUCGAGACUAUUUGGAAAAGGCAGUGCAGUUGCUGGAAGCAAAGUCUGGAACGGCAUGUAAACAACUGUGGGAUGCAUACCUGACGCUUGCACGGUUUGCUGAUAACCGUUACCAAAGCAUUGAUCAGUACAUGCAGUCACCAGACCACCAGGACCAGAAGAUGGUCUUGCAGCACUCAGACAAGAUCUUGUGCAGCACUCCUGCAAAGCAACCCAGUGGUCGGAAGCCAGAUAUAGUAAGACUUCGAAUUCAAAGACAAAGUGAACUGGACAGGCAGCACGUAGAGCGACUGAAGAAGUCUCGCAAUCACUACCUCAUCCAGGCUCUACAGAAUUACCUGCUGUGUCUUCAAGGUACCCGCAGUCAUGACCUGCGCAUCUUCCGGCUUGCAGCACUCUGGUUCCAAAAUUCAGACAUGGCAGAGGUGAAUCAGCUCUUGCAGCAUGGACUUCAAAAACUGGAGACAUACAAAUUUGUGCCACUUAUUUACCAACUGGCUGCCCGCAUGGGCGUCCCACCGUCAAAGUCAUCUUUCAACUUCAAGCAUGUUUUGGGCCAGCUCAUUGAAAGAAUGGUGAAGGACCAUCCAUUUCAAACCCUGCCCGUUAUACUGGCGAUGUGUAAUGCAGAAAAAGACUCGCAACAUUCUGCUUCAGGCAGCGCUGAAACACCUCCUUGUAGUAAGAAAGCAAAGAUCAGCGUCGAGGAACGUGUGGAAGCAGCUCAAUUGCUAGUACAGAGGGCAAGAAAGAGCUCUCUUGCACCAAUUGUGUCAGAGAUGGACAUACUGAUGGAUGCCUACAUGCAUUUGGCCUAUCUACCUCCUCCACAGAUAAAGAAUUCAAGCGGUGUGACACUUCCAAGAAAUGCUCCAAUAGUGAAGCUCUCUAACCUGAGUCAUAUUCCAGUCCUCACACAAACGGUUGAGGUAGAUCACAGUUGCAAGUAUGAGAAUGUGCCAGGCAUCUCCAAGUUCCUCCCACAGUACCACCUCUGUGGAGGUAUCAAUAUGCCAAAAAAAGUAACUUGUAUGGGUCAAGAUGGCAAGAGGUACACACAGCUUGUCAAGGGGCGAGAUGACCUCCGGCAGGAUGCUGUGAUGCAGCAGGUGUUUCAACUUGUUAACCAGUUGCUAAAACAAGAUGCCGACAGUCGGGCCUUUAAGUUGCACGUUCGCACCUACAAGGUUGUCCCUCUGUCACGUCGUAGUGGUAUUCUGCAAUGGUGUGAAGGCACCCAGCCAUUUGGGGAGUACCUUACCAAUCCAAAUGUGGGAGCUCACAGACGGUAUCAUCCAUCGGAUUGGUCAGCCAUGGAAUGCCGUGGUAAAAUGAGGAGUGUUGCGGAGGAUUCCCCCGAUGUCAAGCUGAUGAUGUUCCGAGAGAUUUGUGACAAGUUUAACCCAGUCUUCCGUUAUUUCUUCUUCGAAAAGUUCCCAGAGCCAACUAAGUGGUUUGAGCGACGACAAGCCUACACUCGUAGCACAGCAACGGGCUGCAUAGUGGGCUACAUUUUGGGCCUGGGUGACCGACACUGUGCCAAUAUCCUGGUUGAUACUCAUACGGCUGAAGUCAUACACAUUGACCUUGGUGUUGCUUUCGAACAAGGCAAGACCUUGAACACACCUGAAACAGUGCCCUUCAGGUUGACCAGAGAUGUGGUUGAUGGCAUGGGGAUAUCCGGGGUAGAGGGCACCUUUCGCAGAUGCUGUGAGCGCACUAUGCAUGUGAUGAGAAACUCUCGGGAGUCUCUACUGACGAUAGUUGAAGUUUUGCUGUACGACCCUCUAUCAGCAUGGACGCUGAGCCCUGAACAAGCUGCAGCAUUGCAGCAGACUAAAAGCCCUGCGACAAAGCCUUCCAUGGCAUCUGCUUCAACUACUGGUGAUAACAAAAACCGCCUAGCUCAAAGAGUGUUGCUGCGCCUCAAGCAGAAGCUACAGGGCCACGAAGAGGGCGCCACUUUGAGUGUUACUGGACAAGUGAACCUCUUGAUUCAACAGGCGAUAGACCCUGCAAAUCUAUGCCGUCUCUUCUCUGGGUGGCAGCCGUAUGUUUGAGUAACCUGUGCACUCAGUUUACACACAGGAAAGAAGCAAGAACACCGUUAUACCUCAAAUUUGAAAUUCUUUGCAUGCAGAGCUUGAGACUGUCAGUAUGCAAGACUACUUAACACAAUUUUUUUUAAAUUGCUUGUUAAGGUAACUCUUUGUUAGAAAUUUCCUGCUUAUAUUCAACAGAAGCUAUAGUGGUUAUAGUCAGUGCACCACACAGUUCAUGUCAGUGCUGGACCCUUCAAAGUUUUGGAGAGUGAUUGUCCGUUUUUUUUUUCUUCCACCUUUUAAUUUAUGUAGGGUUUUACAAGUAGAACGUAUACGUGUAUCUUGUGAGGUACUUUUGUUAUAUAGUGUUCCUUUUCUGUUUACACAUAUGCUCUACAAAGUGCCAAAGGCAAGGAUGCCUCCUUAUGAGCUUCACUCAAGUGUGCUCGAUUAUUUGUGCUGCACUAGUUGUGUAGUACAUAUCAAGCUGUCCGUGUUUCAUUGCCAUCACUCAUGUGUUCACAAACUAAAGAAAGAGUCACAAAUUAUAUUAAGAAUACUUUCUCAAGCAGGUACAAUUAUUUCAAGCAUUCUUGUUUCACUGAACUUGACUGAAUUGACUUGAAUUAUAUUCAGAGUUGAAAAAGAAAUUUUAGCCUAUGUAUGGCACUAAUUAACCUGACUUUAUAAAUUUAAGUUGAAAAUUUUUGGAGCAAAUAGUCCCCCUUUUUGAAAAUGUGGAAAGUCCAUAACCUUUAUAUCAACCAUGUUCCAAUUUAGAACAGUGCGAGAACAAGAAGAGAGCGAGCAAGAUACAAGAAAAGCAGUUGGCAAUACUUAAAAGAUUAAUGACUAAAGAGGUGGACUUUAGUUGCGUACCGCAAAGUGAGCUCUUGCCAAUUCUUUUCUUAAUAAAGCGCCGACACAUCAGCUCUACAUAAAUUGGCCUGUGGCACAAGAACGAAGGUCUUCCCACUUUUUCAAGAAACCAGCAACAUUUGUUGCAAGCUUUUUGGUUUCAAUGAGCUAAACUAUGUGUCAAACUCAAGUACGAACGUAACAAAUUGACAAAAACAUUUCACUAAUUUGCACGUGUAUCUUCAUUAUGCAACUUAUUUAUUGAAAUCCAAUGUCAACAUAGGUGAAACAUUGUGUAUGCAUUCCUUGCAUUUAUUCUGUGGACUGAUGUUUUCUUGGGAAAAUAAGCUCGGUCAUGGUAGACAGUAUUUCAGGUAUUUUCCGUUGACCGGACCAUUCCAGAGCCUUCCCAGCUUUAUAAAUCUGUGAUACAUCUUUUAUGCGCAUGGAACAAGUUAGCCAGCACAAUAAACGAGACAUUUAGUUCCAUGUAGUUCCAAGUCUAAUAAAUGUUUGCUAUAUUUUUA